UGUGAGAAAUAUUUAAAAGUCUUUAUGUUAUCAAAUAUCAUCCACGUCAACGUAAGUUGGAGAUAUUUUUCUGGCGAUAUAUGAUCAUGAUAUCAAGAAAUAUUCCUUCCAUCUAAUAAAACGGAAACAUUGACAUGGAGUCUGUCUUGAGCUCUAAAAAGAAAACUAAUGGUUUUAAGUUGAUGAGAUUAAUUGUUGAUGUUGGUGGAGAAGCUUUAAGAAUAACAUUGAGGAAACAACUGUCAGGUACUGAUUUAUUUAAUGUUUUAAAUGACAGAAAGAAUUAUCGUAAGCUUUUGUUGCUAAAAGAUAAGCAAAUAAAGCAACAUCAAUGGGAUCUAUUGUAUCCUCCUCCUCCAACAUUACCAAAUGAAAAUAAGUUUGACAUUACUCUACUUUGUAUACUUCUGCGUAAUAUUUGUGGUUUAAAACCACCACGUGAUCCAAUAUGGACGUCAGUAAAUAAUCCCACUGAUUAUUCAACUGAAGCAAAUAUUACCCGUGUUAGGUUAUUUCGUAAUGAUUAUUUUGCUCACUUACCUGACACUUCAGUAAGCUUUAAUGAAUUUGAAGAUGUUUGGGUAAAAAUAAGCGAACCAUUAGUUCGUUUAGGAAUAAGUCAGGAGGAAAUAGAUAGAAUAACGAGUGAAGUGUAUGGUAAUGAGGAAUAUAAAAGGAUUUUGAGAGAAUGGGAUGAAUUAAAGAGUGAUUUAGAAGUUUUAAAAUCAGAUCACAAGGAAAUUAAGAAUACCUUAAAAGAUGUCGGUGCAAAUGUUGUGAAAGUGAUAGAUAAAUUAGAAUUAGUAGGAGAUGAUAUUAAAGGAAUGAAAGCUAGUGGACAUGGACUUACUUCAGUUUCAGAAGACGGUGUUUUGGCAAAACACCUUGUUAGCUGUAACUCUGAAAGUGAAAUUAGGCAUCAUUAUGAAAAGUAUUUGCAUGGAACACGUGAAUGGGUUUUUAAAGAGUUUUUAGAUUGGUUUGAAGACGAUACUUCUCAAAAUCGUGCAUUUGUUAUUUCUGCUGUUGCUGGAAUGGGUAAGUCUGUAAUUGCGGCUACUUUAUGUAAACGUUUUCCUCAUUACUUGACUGCAGCUCAUUUCUUUCAACAUAACAACAGUCGUUACAAUAAAGCCAAUGUACUUCUUCAAUCUUUAGCGAUGCAAGUUAGUCGUAAGUUUCCUGCUUACAAACAACUUCUUGUGGAAAAACUUUCAGGUCAACUCUCUGAGCCUUUGAAUAACAUGAAUGUGGAAGGAUUAUUUUCCCUUCUUUUUACUGAGUUGUUUUGUAAUAUCUCAGAACUUCCCAAGCGAAUGUUAGUUGUGCUGGAUGCCCUUGAUGAAUGUGGUUAUCCAGAAAGAGACGACCUUGCUUAUUUGAUUGCUCAUCACUUGCACAAACUUCCGCCUUGUUUUCGCUUUGUAAUUACAACCAGACCUAACGAAGUUGCUUUGAAUAAGUUCGAAAAAUUAAAUCCACUGUUCAUUAAUUGUAGCGAUGAUCGCAAUUUAGAGGAUAUUAAAUUAUUGAUUGAAGAAAGAAUUGGCUCAACUGACAGCCUUUCUGAUGUUAAGAACAGUUUGGCAGAAAAAGCUGACGGACUUAUAUUGCUUGCUUCGCUUCUUAGCAGUGAAGUCAAAAAUCAGGAUUUGUUGAAUGCGUCCAUACCAAAAGAUCUCAGUGAAUUUUACAAAAUUUCCUUAACAAGAAUAAGUAAGGAAUUAGAUUCGUUUGAUAUCAGUAACGAAAAGUUUCAGUCAAUUUUAAAUGCUCUGGCUGUUGCUAAAGAACCUCUCCCUUGGAAAAUGAUCGAUGACGUUCUUUGUUUGAAUUCGAGUCGCGACUCGCUUGCGGUUAGAAAAAUUAUCUCUUGUCUGUUUGUUAGCAAUGGAGAAGGAUGUAUUUCAUUUUUUCACAAAUCCUUAAACGAUUGGUUGUUGGAUUAUCGAGAACAUGAGUACUCAGUAAAAACUUCUUGUGGUCAUCGACUUGUUUUAGAAUUUUGUUUAAAAUCUUUAAAUAACCUCAAAGCUGAAGGUGUAAACUAUUACAUCAUCAAAGAGGCGUCAGUUAGGUAUUCAGUCAAGUAUUGGUUGCCUCAUUUACUCGCUAUUUCUGAUCAUGCUUAUAUCGUUAAAAAUGUUGGUAAAUAUCUUGUUGACUUGGAAGUUUUAGUUGCUUCUGUGUUGGUUGAUGGUAGUCGGACUUUUAAAAAUUUUAAAUUAUUCAACGCACAUGAUGUGUACUUUCUUAUUUCUGAGGACAUUCGAUUCUUAUUUAAUGAAGUUUAUUCUGUAAUGAUGAACUCUGUGCUCUCUGACAAUGAAUUAAUUUGUUUGCAAUACGUUGCCAACGAAGUCAAAGAUCUGUCGUCUCAAGCCACCACAAUGCUUGAAACACGUUUCAAAGAUUUACCAUAUGUAAAGUGCAGAGACACGGGUUUUGUAAAGGCUCAAUUAUUACGUUUAAAUCAAUAUUUGAUCUCUGUUGAUGUUUCAAGAAAUCAUGAUUACGUCGUCUGUGGUUAUGAAGGAUUCAUCGUGCAACUUUUUUCAUUGAGAACAAACAGAUGUUUGUGGAUAAAAAAUAUUGCUGGUCAGUUUAAGCUAUAUAAAAACAAAGAAGUUUGCGUUGUCUUUCAUCCGUUCGAAGAUUUGAUUUUUGCUUCUCAGCUUGAUAAGAUAUUAGAUAUUAAUGGUAAGAUUUCCUCCAGUCCUUUCCAUUGUGAUGAUUCUACUUCUAAGUUCUUUAGCAACAAAUGUUUUUCUAAGGAUAAGUACACAAUGGUCACUAGUUACAAAGAUACUUUGACAGUAUGGGACGUUGAAAAAGGUGAGAAGAAACACAGUAUUAGAUGUAAUAAUGUGACCUCACUGUGUUUUUCUAAUUCUGGAAGAUAUUUGUGUGUUAUUGAGGAAGACAUAGUGGUUCAAAUAUUGGAUGUAGCGAAUAAUUAUGAAACAUUCGUUUACAACGAUCAUUUACCGUCUGGUAAUUUUUGUCAGUAUGGUGUUUUGUACACUGUUGGUCUUCAUUCUUGGUGUUGUGUUUGGUCUCCUAUCUUCGUGAGUAAACCUUUCAUUGUGAAUCCCACUGGGGAGAAACUUCCUGACUUAGAUCCUGUUUCCCAAACUUUGUUUUUUCCUCUUGAUCCUUUCGAUUACAACAGAUCUAGCUUUUCCUUUAAUGUAUUAGGAAAGCAUUAUUUUAUUUUGAAUAACGACAAUGUUCUAUCGUUUGAAUACGGAUGUGACUUUUAUCUUUAUUCAAUACCGCGAGCAUGUUUAACUAAAAGUUACUGUUUUUAUAACAAGAAAUUUUGCUCAAAUAGAAAAUUUCUGUAUCGGAGCAAUGAAGGAAAAUCAAGGGUAAUUAUAUACAAUCUCAACACAUUUGACUUUGUUGUCAAGGAAUGUUUUUUUAGUGACAUGGUUGCUGUAGAAAAUGGAGUUAUUUUGCUUACGGCAAAAAAUAUUCCUGAGCUUUGGAAUAAUGAUUUAACAAAACUUGUUUAUAGUUUUGAUGAACUAAAAGGUACAAACAAAAUUUUUGAGAGACCGCAGUGUACGAUAAUGUCAACAUUGAGAGAGAUCAUGUAUAAAAGCUGAAGUCAAGUAAAGAUGAAAAUUCAAUGACAAUAAAGGCAAACCAUAAACACAAAUGAUUUCGUGUCUAAGAUAAUAAUUUUCCUUGCACAAGAAAAUAAUUUUAUUGACUUUUAUCUUCUCGCACAAACAUAUACAAUGCAAACUUUUCUUAGUUAUUGUACCAUAGGUUAUAUUUUGUUUAUAUCUACACCAUGUAAACAUAUAAUUUUCAUGCAAAUGUGUUCAGUGUAGGAUGGUUUAAAUAUUGCACGUUUUUCGAUACUCUUUUACACCAAAAACAAGUUGUUACUAAUUAAAUCAAUACUAUCUUGCACUGAAAUAAUUUCUUAAUACUUUUCAUUUAUUGCAUUUUGAUAUACAAAAUAUCUAUGUGUUAAGUUGUUAAGAGAGACAAGGACAGCCCAAUUGUUACUUCGGUUAUAUCAAUAUUUUCAUCCUUAUUAAUUUGAAAAACGUAAAUUCAUAAGAAAACAAUGGUACCUUUGCUAAUUUUUUCAAGAAAAACUUAAAAUUUGGCUGUCUUUCUCACUGACUGUUAAAAAGUAAAUCGUAAAAUCCACAAGAAAAUGACUUAUGAUUGACGUUCGUCAUCGUGACAGACAAUUUAGCCAUUGUGACUGAACACUCCAAACCGUAUGAACAGGAAAAGUUAACAAAAGUCAAAGAAAAUUUUGCAAAAUAGAGAGACAGAAAACAAACGACAAUGUUGCGUAUGGAAGGAUGUUUAAUGAAAAGUUUUUAACUUUUACUGAAAAUCGAUGUCAAGCAUUGUUAAAGUUUAAACACUUUUACUUUGUGAAUCAAUACUUUAUGGGAAUUAUUUUUUAACAACAUCAACUCAACUAACAACAUCAGAGGACAUGCUGCAAUUAAGGCUUGGCUAUAAAGUUCCAACGUCUACUCUUAAUUCAAACGAUAAUACAAAAAGUAGUAGCUAUAUUUCAGAAAGUGACGUAAUGAAAGGAAUGACAAAUUUAUGUACCAUGGUUCUCUGUGGAUUUAUUGUUGUACUUUGUAUCGUCACCCAGGUCACGUGUUCAUUGAAAUGUCAUCUGUUGUCAAAAUUGGAAGAUAUGAACUUUUACAUUUUUAAAAUGGUGAAACUGGUUGUUUAUUUUGUUCACUUUUUAUAAAACUGAAGCGUGAAAAUUAUCAUCUCAUGUGGACGUUUUGAUGUGAACAUAACACAGAAGUAAUCAUGAGAAUGAAUAAAAAGAAUUUGAUUUUACUACAUUGUGGCUAUUGGAGAUGGCUAAAAGGAUUUUUUGCUGCAUCUAUAAUUGAAGCUGCUUCUUGAUAGAAACACACUAACAUUGUGAAUAUUAUGACACUCGAUUGCCUUUGCGCAUGCUCUGAAAUAUAUAUGUACUUGAAUGAUACUAUAACAUUUGUGAUAUGAUUUAAGAUCUUAUCAGCAACAUGUCAUGGAAAUUCAAAGCAAACGUCAACUAUGGAUGGUUGUAGAAUAAAAGUGAUCAGUUUAGUUCAUAUAAAUGGUCAACAAAUCAUUCACAACAAAAGUAACUUCAACAUGUAAGAACUGCAUCAAGUUAUGAGAAUGAAAAAUAUGGAAAAAUUUCAACGUCUUUCUUUUUGAAGAUGUCAUUUUUCUAAAUCCACUGUGUUUUAUUCUUUAUGUAGUGAACAAUUUUAGAUCAUUAAAUUUAUUUCAUUUUGUUGUGUACAUAUCUACGUAUAGUAAAUAGAUAUCUUUCAUAAUUUCCCAUAAACGGACAUGUACCGUAAGCAGACAUUAGGUCCUGGUCUCAAGGAUGUCCGUUUACGAGUAGCUUGACCGUAUGCAGACUUUUCAUUACUGAUCUUUUUCUUUACGUUUCUAGAUUUUUCUUAUGGUUUUUAAAUUUUAAAUGCUAAAUAAAUGAAUCCCACAUAACUCAACACCAUUUUUUAGACUAAUAAUAAUUUGCGAACUGCCAUGUGAAGAAUACUGGUGCUUUGGAAAAGGAGGUGUCGUAUCUUGAAUUAAAAAUCACCAAUUUUUAAAAUUAGCAUUCAAUAGUUGUACAAUAACUUUCACUCACAUUCAGCAACAUAAUUUGUUGGUAACCGUCAUUUUAUCAAAACAGAACAAUUGCAGUUGCCAUUUUAAAGACUGGUAAGGAUUCAUUCAUUUAGCACUUGUAAAAAAUCAUUUAGAGAGAAACUUUCUUUUUGCGCAGUGUUUUGUUGAUCUUUGUUUUUUAAAGGUAUUAACAUAGUUUUAUUAUAUUAGUAUGUUAAUAUAAGAAAUAAUCGUUGUAUAAAUAUGUUUUCUACAAAAUUGUUACAAUAUAUGUGUGUUGAUCUAUA